GCGCAGACCCGGCCUGAGGCUGAGGCUGGAUUCCUGGAGGCUGCCAUGUUUUCCCUGCCUUCCCUCUCCUCCUGGCUCCCCAACUUCCCUUCCUUUGAGUGGGGUUCCAGUCUCUUCGACAGCCUCCUGCAAGGCCUGAUCGGGGCCCUUGGAGUCUCGGUUCUCAACAAUCUCCUGAAAGUUUACUUCUUCGUGGCCUGUGUCAAUGACCCCCAGCGGCAGCCCCAAAUGCAGCGGCUGCGAGCGCAAUGGGCCUCCUUGGAGAUUGUGCAUCUGGCCGGUCUGGCUCUGUUCCUGACCGUGAUAAGGGCCAGGGUAGCCGCCCUCGUGGUCUUGGAGUUCUCCCUCCGGGCUGUGUCCACAUUGCUGUCCCUGGGCAAGGGCUCCAGGGACAAGGAGCGGCUCCAGCUCUUCCUGGUGUGUCAGUUCUCCCUGGGCUGUGGGCUAAGCUGUGGCCUGAGCUUCCUACAGGAAGGUGCCCCACACCGCUCCCUAAACCUACUGCUGAGCCUAGGGCUGGCCGCACUCCUCAGCCUGGGCGCCCGGCGCUUAAACCGUCACACCUGCAACCUCUAUGAGUUACACAGCAGCCAGCGCUACUGUGGGGUCUGCUUGGGUCUGCUGGCCAGCCAGCACGGCCUGCCCAGGUUCCUGGGCCGCGCUCUGGCGGUGGCCUUUGCUGUGAGUGAUCUAGCAGCUGUGGCCCUCAUCAACAAGGACUUCCUGAACACGUCAGAGGCCGUGCGGUUCUGGACUCCGCUCACCAUCUGCUACACGCUGCUGGUCAUCUACAUGCAGGGUGAGAGCCCCGGGGCUGAGGUCCCCUCCAUUGGCCACACAUCCCAGCCACCCAGUCCAGGGACAGGACUUUACUGUAGGCUCCUCAGAUGUCAUAUAGGAGCCCUAAAGACCCGGCACCUGGGUUUGUCUUCAGGACUAGAGGAGCAGCAGCACCGCUUCAGCCUACAGGGCCAGGUCCAGACGGUUCUGGUGCGCAUGGCUGGCCUCUUUGUUCUGUUGAUGACGGUGGGCCUCUGGCUGGACCUCCUGGGUAUCUUUGUCUCCCUUUUGGGUGAGCUAUGGUGCUUAGCAGGUAUUCGCGUCUUAAUCGACCUCUGCCAGAUACAGGUAGGUACCUUUAGGGACCCCCAGCCUCCCACUCCGUCCCCAAGGUUUCCAGCAACCCCCAGAGACCUAAUUUUGAUAAGAGUUGGGAGGGCAAGGGACCCGGUUGUCAUUAAGGAGUGGGGAGCUGGGUGCCAGGGACCACUCCGGCUGGCAUCCUGGGAGGGUCCCAGAGGGUAGGAAGGUCCUGAUGAUAGUAGACCUGAGACUGGACUAAGGGGAUGUGUCCCUUCUGACCCUCCCCCAGGGCUUUCCACCCCAGAGGCCUACAGUAACAGUAGCAGUAACAGCAGAAGGAGAAUCAAGAUGGACAGGUCCAUCCGAGCCCCAGCCUUCCACACCUGCCCCAGCCAGAAGAGCGGUCCCCUCCUGACUUGCUCUGAGGAGGAUGUGAAGUCAGUUUCAGGCCUACAUGGGCUAACCACAGCAAGGUCUUGACCACAAGAUGUGGCCUGAAGGCCGAGUGGCAGAGCUGGUCCCCACCUAGACUUUUGGGCAGGCCAUGGGGGUGGGGUGGGGGCUCUGGAGAAAGGGGGUGACCAGGGCUGGAGAGCUAGAGAGGCCGGGACAUGAAUCCUUCUGUGUUGAAGAUGGGCAGCUUCGCCAGACCCACUUUUCUUGGCCCAGCAAGAAGACAGAGGACAAUUGUGACCUCAGAAUGACCCCUGCCCUUUGGCCACCCCCCCCCUUGCUCUCAAGAAGACAAUAAAGGUGACUUUUCUCAA